UCCAAAAAUUGUUUUUAUUGCGUUGCUGAUUCCAUUUUGGUUGGUCUUCUUGGUUGUGCUUAUCCUCCAUAUUUUUCUGUGUUUGAUAUAUUAUGGGAUCCCUCUUGUAUUUCUUGUAAAAACAGUUUUGUUUAACUAUUCAACUUUAGCUUUAGAUUUCAGUGCAGAACGUUUUAAGAAGCGGAUAGUUGUGAGGUAUUGUCUUAGUGGUUGUCUGAUCAUUUGCAUCAUAUUUGCCUUCCUUUACAUUCUGGGGUGCGCCACCGUAAUCUUUGGAUCGUCUACCACAUUUAUCACCAGUGUUCUUGCUUUCACGUUCAUUGGUGCCAUUGCGCAUCCAACCGAAUCCUUCUCUUACGUGAUCUUAAUAGUAGCUAUUAUUGGUUACAUCUCGAAAGUGGUUAAUCAUUUUAAUAAUGUUUAUGCUGAUCUCUUGGAGAAAACUAUCAAAAUAUCUGAAGAUCUUGAAUCAAUAAGAAACAACGCUGAAAACCCUUCUCCAAUCAAUAGAUCGUCAUUGGAUGAUUACACCGUCAUGGAUAACGCUAUUACGACCAUUGCGACUCAUGACGUAGCUUCGAAAUUCCCUUUAAAGUAUGUCCAUUACAACAAUGAUGGAAUUCCAGGAGUUGAAAAACCUUUGUUUUCUAAAAUUGUAGAAAUA